AUGAGAGCGGUGAACCCUCGCAAGUUUAAAACAUACGUAGACAGAGCUGCUGCGACAGGCAGGAGAAGGACGCCUGUCUGGCGUGCCGCACCCACGGGCGUUGCAGGAAAUCAGAUAUCAGGCACCACUUUGCACUCGCUGCUUCACCUCCCGAUCAACAAGGACUUCAGACCGCUCUCCGCCAUCGACAAGGCCCAGCUCCAGAAGAAGCUGAAGGAUAUUCAGUACCUGAUCAUUGACGGAAAAAGCAUGCUGGGACUGCGUCAGCUAUCCUGGAUCGACGACCGUCUCCGCGAGGCAUAUGCGGAACGAGGAGUUCUUUGGCGGACUCAAUAUCCUUUUGGUGGGCGACUUCUUUCAGCUUCCUCCUCUUCUACAGAAGCCGCUGUAUUACGACAAAGAAGUGCAGGGAGUGGAGAUCAAGGGCAGGAACGCAAACUUCUCUCCGGCCGCGUGCAGGCAAAGCUAGACGAUCAAGAGGUCGCCCGGUUUUCUGACGCCUUGUGGGUAUACGCCACGAAAGACCGGGUGAACGAAUAUAAUCACUACCACCUCGACCGCCUCAGCCGACCAGUCAUCCAGGUCAUUGCUGCAAACGUUGGCCCCGGCGCGGCUGCUGCUCCGGACGACAAGGCGGGAAACCUUGCGAAACAAGUCCCUGUAUGCAUUGGUGCCCGUUUGAUGUUGACGUGCAACCUCUGGCAACAAGUUGGUCUCUGCAACGGCGCUCGUGGCACAGUGUACGACAUUGGCUGGGCACCUGGGGCUGACCCCAUCCGAGACCAACCGAAGAUUGUUCCGAUUCUGCCAGUAGUCAGGGACUUCCGCGUUGGAGCCACACUCUGCACUCGCACUCAGUUUCCUCUGAUCGUACGCUACGCCAUUACGGUUCAUAAGUCGCAGAGCAUCACCGAAGACAGGAUUGUGACAGAUCUAUCCUGCCGUGACUUCCAGACAGGUUUGAGUUAUGUGGCCGUCUCGCGUGUGAAAACGCUGCAGGGUUUGAUGCUGGAUGCCCCGUUUGACCGCAAUCGUCUGACAUACACAUCCCCCCCGGAGGGUAUCAAGAUGAAGAUGAGGGACCAAAGGCUUAGGAGUUGGCAGGUUCUCACUCAGAAUCCGUAUAAGAAUUGCCACGGGACCACGUAA